AUGUCAACUACAAGGAAUCAACUUUUGAAGAUAGCAACGACAUUGGUCAAGAAUCAUGGCUUCACUCGCGAGGCAUUGUCUUAUUCCGCACUUUACCUACCUGGUCCGGCUGCCCUCCAACAGCCGCUCUCCGAGCCUGCAAUUUCUGCUCUGUUUGGCACAGGGGAUAGCGCUAGAGUAACCCUCAUCAAUGCUUGGUUAGAUGAAGGUAUCCUCCAGAUGAGCAACGUACCCUCACCGACGUUUCGACAUGUUUUACGCGCGAGGCUGGAGUAUAACAGGGAAGUGCUGGGGCAUCUUCCUGAAGCUUUCGCGCUUCUCUGCUCGCCAGAGCAAGGAUUACCACCUCUUGAUCCACGGCCUGCAAUCGAACACGCCGCCAAGAUUGCAAAUGAAACUUGCAAAAUUACUAAAGACCAGUCAAUACAACUCGACUGGUAUGCGAGAAGGGCAUCAUUAGCUACGAUCUACAUAGCCGCUGAACUGCAUCAAUUAAAAUCUCCCCAAACUGCGAACAUGUUUUUGGACGACCUACUCGACAAUUCAGACAGAUUUGGAUCAGUGUUUCGUGAAGCUCAGGUGUUCUCUUCAUACGUGUUCAAAAGCUGGGAUGGUAUCUUGAGGAGCAAAGGGUUUUGGUAG